AUGAGAUCAAAUCUUGGCACAAUUGGUAGUCCUAAUGCUGACAUAUCCUCAGAGGUACCUCGGAACUUUAAGCUUUUGGACGAACUUGAACUUUCUGAAAAAGGUUUUGGAGACGGGACAAUUAGUUGGGGACUUUGUGACAGUUCUGACACGACCCUGACCCACUGGAAUGGGAUCAUCAUGGGCCCUUUCAAGGUUUUUCCUACUUAUUGGACUCCCAAGUCUGCCUACGAGGACAACACGUACUCCCUGGCCAUCGAAUGUGGGUCUAAAUACCCUCAGAAACCGCCUCUGGUCAAAUUCCGUACAAAAAUCAAUUUGAAAUGUGUAAGGAUGGAGACGGGGGAAGUUAGAACUGAUUAUAUUAGUCAGGUUAUUACUAGUGAGGUCCCCACCUUGAGGAAUUGGAACAGAAAGUGUGGGAUUAAGGACGUCCUUCUCGACAUAAGGAAUUUGAUGGCUCACUCAAAAAUUAAGAAAAAUCAGCAACCUCCACCAGAAUUAUAUUAA